CACCCUUCUUCAAUUCGUCCCCCUCGUCUUCCUCUUCCUCCUCCGCCCUCUCUCCUCUUCUUUUCCCUCCCCGCCCGGCGACCCAGUACCAACAAUUCCUACAAGAACCCGAUCCCCGUCCUCCACCCACACCCAGAGGUAAGGGAGGGGAAGGGGAUGACGGGCAAGGAUGCCGCCGCCGGCGGUGGCGGCGGCAAGGGCCGCCUCUUCACGGUGGGCCUUGUCACGGCGUGGUACUCAUCCAACAUCGGGGUUCUGCUGCUCAACAAGUACCUGCUCAGCAACUACGGCUUCAAGUACCCCAUCUUCCUCACCAUGUGCCACAUGUCCGCCUGCUCCCUCUUCUCCUACGCCGCCAUCGCCUGGCUCCGCAUCGUCCCCAUGCAGCUCCCGCGCUCCCGCCUCCAGCUCGCCAAGAUCGCUGCGCUCAGCCUCGUCUUCUGCGCCUCCGUCGUCUCAGGCAACAUCUCCCUCCGCUACCUCCCCGUCUCCUUCAACCAGGCUGUCGGCGCCACCACCCCCUUCUUCACCGCUGUCUUUGCCUACCUCAUGACCGUCAAGCGCGAGUCCUUUCUCACCUAUCUCGCGCUCGUGCCCGUCGUCACCGGUGUCAUCAUCGCCAGCGGCGGAGAGCCCAGCUUUAAUCUGUUUGGGUUCAUCAUGUGCGUUGGAGCAACUGCUGCGAGGGCACUCAAGACGGUCUUGCAAGGGAUUCUUAUGUCUUCUGAUGGGGAGAAGAUUAAUUCCAUGAACCUGCUUAUGUACAUGGCACCAAUCGCUGUUCUUCUCUUGGUCCCUGCAACUAUCUUCAUGGAGGAUAAUGUUGUUGUCAUUACAAUACAACUGGCCAGGAAGGAUAUCAACAUAAUUUGGUACCUGCUCUUCAACUCUUCCUUGGCCUACUUCGUGAAUCUGACCAAUUUCCUGGUGACAAAGCAUACGAGUGCAUUAACCCUACAGGUCCUGGGCAAUGCAAAAGGAGCCGUUGCAGUUGUGAUCUCCAUCUUGAUAUUCAGAAACCCAGUGUCUAUAACUGGGAUGCUGGGCUACACGCUGACUGUCAUAGGGGUGCUUCUUUACAGUGAAGCUAAGAAGCGAACCAAGCAAUGAAAUCAAAUCGGCAGCGAUUAGGACGAAGCAAGCCUAGUAGUCUUUCUUGGAUAUAGCAGCUAUAGUUUUGUGAGCACAUACAACAGCAUUGCCAAUAAUUACUUGUAUUCUUUUUUUUUUCUUUCAAAACAAAACGCCUUCCCAACCCCACACCAAUGGUAUGGUGUGAUCCACAGAAAAGGAAAGAAAUAUAGUGAUUAAUUCUUUAUGUGUUGUGACUAGUGAAAACACCUUGUCCAUUUUUAUUAAUUGGUUCCCGUGUUGACAAAA